CGUUAUAGGAGCCAAUCAGGUUAUUUGGUGAUUCCGAUUCUUUUUACCCGCGAACUGCAAAUUCUGCGUUUAACUUUCAGUGUUUUCGCGUUUAAACGCACCUAAUAUGCAGAUUCUUGUAACGUAAGGCAGAAUGAACACAGAGCGGUCUCCUGAAAGACACGACAACAACAACAGUUCAGCCUUGACGCCGAAGGGAGACGACGUGAAGAAAGGAGCACUCUUCAGAACGCCGUGUUCAAAGUUUAGAAAGGUACACGCCAGCUUCAAGUCACCACUUCACAAAACGCAGGGUGCCGAACUUGGCCCUACAGAGGAGGUGGCAGAGUUGGAGAGGAGGAGAGAUGAGCUUGACAAAGAGAUAGCACAGCUGGAAACCGAGGGAUACAGGGUAGAAGAGCUGGAGCAUCAUAUAAAUGUGCUGCAUGAAUACAACGACAUCAAAGACAUUGGACAGUCACUCCUGGGUCGUAUAGCUGCUCUGAGAGGGACCACCACACGGGAUCUCUACAGCCACUUUGGUCUGGAACUGGACGACUGAAAGAAAAGGCGAGCGAGUCCUAAAGAUAAAAAUCCUUUGAUAAACUAUGGAUCUUGGACAAAGAUUUCUCUGGA